GUGUCAAGCUAUGCAUUCAUGAAUUCACUUGAAAAAACAACAUGUAGCCAUAUUUCUUAUUUUCUUUGGGUUUGUGGAGCGUAAUAAACAGCUUUUCUUUGUUUUUUGGAGACAGCAUUUGCUGUUGGAGACAAGAGGAUGGAUCAAGAGAAAGACGGCUCAUCUUCACAAAGCAAAAAUGUAUUUGGAAUAAAAAUGAAGAGAAGGAAGAAGAAAGCGGACAAAGGUCUCGUCUUCGCAAACAGAGGUGCUCAAGAUGAAUCUGAGGUGGAUGUCGCGAUGGAAGAGCCUCCAGGUUUGGAAUAUGAAAACCCUGAAAGCAUCAGUGAAGCUGCCCCAUCUCAGCAACUGCCCUUCAGAGAAAUGGUCAAUACGAAGAGAUCUAAGCCUGCAGCCAAGAUUCUGGAAAGUGAGAGCAAGCCACAGAGUUUCCAGAUAUCCAUCAAUAUCACAGAAGCCAGACAGCUGGUGGGUGAGAACAUCGACCCCAGUGUGGUGAUUGAAAUCGGAGAUGAAAAGAAGCAAUCAUCAGUAAAAGAGGGGACAAAUGCUCCGUUUUACAAUGAGUAUUUCGUGUUUGAUUUCUUUGCUCACCAGGAGAUAUUUUUUGACAGAGUCAUUAAACUCUCAGUGAUGCAUUCAAAAAUUAUGAAGAGCUACUGUAUCGGGACAUUUAAGAUUGAUGUUGGAACUGUCUACAAUCAACCUGGUCAUCAAUUCACCAAUAAGUGGGCAGCGCUUAUUGAUCCCAAUGAUAUCAGCACAGGAGUCAAAGGUCACCUGAAGUGUGACAUCUGCGUGACGGGGAAAGGAGAUGUGUCGCCCCGAUCCCAAAAGUUUAGUGAUGCUGAGGAGCAGAUUGAAAAGAACCCACUGCUGCCUGAAGGUUUCCCAUCUAUGCGCCCAUGGGCUCGAUAUUAUGUGAAAGUGUACAGAGCAGAAGGUCUUCCCAGAAUGAACUCAAGCAUCAUGGCCAACGUGACGAAAGCCUUUGUUAGUGACAACACGGCCCUCAUAGAUCCAUAUGUGGUGGUGUCAUUCUUCAGCCAAGUGGGACGGACCUCCACACAGAAGAGCACGGCAGACCCUGUGUGGAACGAGCAGGUGGUUUUUAAGGAGAUGUUUCCUCCUUUGUGCCGGAGACUGAAGAUCCAGGUACUGGAUGAGGGAAGCAUGAAUGAUGUAGCCAUUGGAACCCACUAUAUUGACCUUUGCAGAAUCUCCAAUGACCAAGAUGGAGAUAAAGGUUUCCUCCCCACAUUCGGACCAGCAUGGAUUAACAUCUAUGGUUCUGCCCGUAACUCCACACUGGUAGAUGAUAACCAGGAGAUGAAUGAGGGGAUAGGGGAAGGGGUGUCCUACCGAGGAAGGCUUUACAUUCAGCUAGCUGUGGAGAUCCUAACUGGAGGGGCUGAGUCAAAGUCUAUGUUUUCACUGAAGUUACCUUCAAAAGAUGCCAAGGGAGGGAAAACAGCUGGUAAAGACCCUAAAGCAGGAACAGGGGGAGCAGGUGGAGGAGAGGAGGAGAAAAUGGGGGCCAUGGUGUUGCCUGUGGAUCCCCCUGAAAUGGUCAGUGAAGAAAAUAUGGAGAACUUCAUACUUUUUGGUGCCAUGUUUGAGGCUACUAUGAUUGACAGGAGGAUUGGGGACAAACCCAUUAGCUUUGAGUUUACCAUUGGUAACUGCGGUAACUUCAUAGAUGGUGCUGCUCCACCAGCUGCCAAGAAAAGAGGAGAGAGGGAUCAUCCAGGCCAAGAAGGAGCCAUGACUACCCCACUUCUGGAAGGUCAGGCAGCAUUGUCCUGCAAGUCCACCACACGACCUGAGAAGCCUCAUACUGGACAUGGAAACAGGGUCUAUUAUUAUUUACCAAUUUCUACUCAGAAGCCCUGCAUACACGUGCAGUGCAGCUGGGAGGAUCGAACGUACCGCCUUCACCAUUCUAACAUGCUGGACAGAAUAGCCUUCCUCUUUGAAGAGGGUGUGGCCAAGGUUACCGAGCUGGAAAAGCUGAUGGAUCCAACAGUGGAAUCUCUGAUGCAGGCUAUUUUACAAGAGUUUUGCAAAGAUGCCAGAGAGUUUAUUGCAUCUGUUGAAAAAAAGGUCAAAGAUAAUUGCCUGACGAUGCUGGAUAAGAAGAGGCUCACUCUGUGCAAACAGGAGCUGGAGAGCAUGAUAGAGGUGGCAGGAACCAUCACUGAGCCCAAGAGAAAAGUCCUGACCAUCAAGGAGAUGCUACAGGAGUCACGGAAGCUCACUCAGAAAAUCAGGUUCCUGGUGGAAGAGCCUCAGCACACUCUGCCCGAUAUAUUUGUAUGGAUGCUCAGUAAUAACAAACGUCUGGCAUAUGCCCGCAUCCCUGCUCGCAACCUGCUUUACUCUGAGAACGUUGUGGAGAAGGGUAAAGACUGUGGCAAGAUCAGCACCCUGUUCCUUAAGCCCCCUGGGAAGCGAGGAGCAACCUGGGCAGUCCAGGCCAAAGUUGAUGUGUAUCUAUGGCUGGGCAAAUGCACAGAGUCGUCGAGUAUGCUAAAGAACCUUCCAGAAGGCUUUGAAAUACAUGGAGUAUCUUCAGAGGAGAGUGGCGGCGCUCCUGAAAUUGUACUGUACGAAGACCAUCAUGAGUUCCAGCUGAGGGCCCAUAUGUACCAGGCGAGGGGGCUCAUUGCAGCAGAUAAUACGGGCCUCUCUGACCCCUUUGCCAGAGUGUCAUUCCAGUCCCACACCCACGUUACUGCAAUCAUUAACCAGACACUAACACCAACCUGGAACCAAAUGCUGAUGAUGGACAAGCUGUCUCUCCAUGGCAUGCUCACUGAGCUGGCACAAGAACCACCUCUCAUUACAAUUGAAGUCUAUGAUGAUGAUGCCCUGGGGAAGCCAGAGUAUCUGGGCUCAACUGUAGCUGUUCCAGUGGUCAAGCUCGCUGAGGAGCCAUACACAGCCCCUUCUUUACACUACAGUCCCCUUUUCUGUGGGAGCUUGUCGGGCGGAGACAUACUUGGGGCUUUUGAACUCAUUGAGGUUCCAAAGUCAGGAAAACACUCUCUACCUCCAUAUGAUGAUCCUGAAGGCUCCAUCUACCCUGUGCCUUCAUACAUACGACCUGUGCUCCGCAAGUACAGAAUUGAGGUUCUGUUCUGGGGUUUGAGAGAGCUGAAGAAGGUGCAGCUUCUCACUGUGGAUCGACCUCAAGUCUUCAUAGAGUGUGCAGGAAAAGGAGUCAGCUCCUCUGUGAUACAGAGCUACAAGAGCAACCCGAACUUCAGCAUGAUUGUGGAUGCCUUUGAAGUGGAGCUGCCUGAGGAUGAGUACCUCCACCCUCCACUCACCAUUACUGUGGUGGACUGGAGAGCCUUCGGCAGGAGCACUCUGGUGGGCAACCACGUGAUCAAUAACCUGGUCCUGUUCAAAUACACUCCUCCAUCCCUGCCUCCUCCCAGAGCACAGCCACAGGAGCCAGACAUCAUAGAGCCUGCACCACUUCUUGGACAAGAAGCCACUGAAGCGAGAUCCACUGAUGACAUUUACAUCAACAUAGAGCAGGAGCAGACCAUCAAACCUUCUCCUGUAACUGAACCAGUGCCUCAAGACAAGAGGGAGAGAGAAUCUAAGAAGAGCAAACGAAGGUCUACAAAAAGGAAGAAGCGAACUGCUGCUGAUGAGUCGGCUGACUGUGUGAUUGAUUGGUGGUCUAAGUACUAUGCUUCAGUGGAGAAGAUCCAAAUGACAAAGCAAAGGGAGGUCAACCCUUUUCCAAACCUCUAUGAUGCUGUAUCUCCACUUCACAACUUGCUCUCAGAGGGAGUAAACAACAUGGCUGCAGCAAUGAAGGAGAAGAAAAAGAUGAGCUUUAGAGGUGUGACUGAGCAUCAGCCUAAGCUAGCAACUUUAAAGAUUUAUGACAAAGAGCUUGAGGCAGAGUUUGGUCCUUUUGAUGACUGGGUCAAAACCUUUGAGCUGUACCGUGGCAAAGCAAAUGAAGAAGAGAGCUCUAGUGCUGAAAGGUUUGUUGGGAAUUUCAAGGGACGAUUCUGCCUGUAUAAGCUGCCUGAUAGUGAAGAGUAUGACUGUGUGGACUCUGGGGACUAUAAGAUAAACCAGGGGAUUCCACCCAACACUGCUGUGAAUGUCCUUAUUAGGGUGUACAUUGUUUCAGCAUCUAACCUUCAUCCAGCUGAUCCUGAUGGGAAGGCAGAUCCUUACAUUGUACUGAAGCUCGGAAAAACCGUCAUCAAGGACAGAGACAACUACAUCCCGAAACAGCUCAAUCCAGUGUUUGGGAGAUCAUUUGAAAUUCAAGCCUCCUUUCCUAAGGAAUCCUUACUGAAGAUUCUCAUUUACGACUAUGAUGUCAUUGGGGGUGAUGAUUUGAUUGGUGAGACACAAAUAGAUUUGGAGAACCGGUUUUACAGCAGACACCGUGCCAUGUGUGGAAUACCCUCUGAAUAUGCCAUUGAGGGCUACAAUGCCUGGAGAGACUGUAUCAAACCAACUGAUCUUCUGAUCAAGCUCUGCAAGGACAACAGACUUGACAGCCCCCGUUUCACUCCUGGAAGAAUAACAAUCGGAGAAAAAGUCUACACUGGCAAAACUGUCUUUGCUGAUGAGGAUCAGAUGGUGGAGUCCUAUGAGCAUCUGGCUCUGAAGGUGCUGCACAGGUGGGAAGAAAUGCCAGGCGUGGGCUGCAAACUGGUGCCAGAACACAUUGAGACCCGAGCUCUCUACAUAAAGGACAAGCCUGGGCUGGACCAGGGCCAGGUGCAGAUGUGGGUAGACAUAUUUCCUAUGGACAUGCCUCACCCUGGACCUCCUGUGGAUAUUUCUCCCCGUAAACCCAAAGGGUAUGAGCUGAGGAUCAUCAUCUGGAACACAGAAGAUGUCAUACUGGAAGACACCAAUUUCAUAACUGGUCAACAAUCCAGUGACAUCUAUGUCAAAGGGUGGCUGAAGGGUCUUGAAGAUGAUGGCCAGGAAACAGACGUCCAUUAUAACUCCCUAACUGGUGAAGGCAACUUCAACUGGCGCUUUGUGUUCCCCUUUCACUACCUCCCCGCUGAGAAGCUGGUAGUGGUCUCCAAGCGAGAGAACAUCUUCUCUCUGGACAAGACAGAACAGAAACUGCCUGCAGUGCUGGUUAUGCAGGUUUGGGACUUUGAGAGGCUGUCAUCUGACGACUUUCUGGGGUCUGUAGAGUUGGACCUUCACGGGUUUCCGCGUGGUGCUAAAACAGCGAAAGACUGCAAGAUGGAGAUGCUGAAAGAGAGCAAUGACAACAUCUCCAUCUUUCAGCAGAAACGCUCCAAAGGCUGGUGGCCCUUUAUAAAAUCCGAGGAACUCACGGGAAAAGUGGAGGCAGAGUUCCACUUGGUGACUGCUGAGGAAGCAGAGAAAAACCCAGUAGGUCGAGCACGCAAGGAGCCAGAACCCCUAGAAAAACCCAAUCGUCCAGACACUACAUUCUCCUGGUUUGUGAAUCCUUUCAAGUGCUUUUUCCAUCUGAUCUGGAAAAACUAUAAGAAGUACAUCAUCAUUGCACUGUUGCUGCUGAUCUUGGCAUUGUUCCUUGCCUUGCUCUUCUACACCCUGCCAGGAGCUCUCAGCAAUAAGAUUGUCAGUGGAUGAUGGAUCACGUACGCAAAAGAAGCAUUGGGCUAUCAGCAGAGGUGGUAGUGGCAGAUUAAUGCACUGUAAAGGACUUUAUAUAUCUAUAUAUUCUUAGUUCAUUUGUAAGCUUAUCAAACAAUUUUAUUUUUGAUUUAUUUUUUUAUAAGUUUUUUAAGUCUGUUGUGCAUCAAAAAUAAUGGCGUAUAAUCUGAAACUUUAGCAGCUGCAUUGUUCACAGUGUAUUGUUUGUUUUUAAAUGCAUGCUUAAGUGUUCCCACUGGAACACUGGAAAACUGAUUGGAAUAGCUGGGGGCUUGUUUAUUAAUCAUUUAUUCAUGUAUUAAGUGAAUUAAGUAUCCAAGAAACACAGCAAUUGACAUUUGUAAAGAAUGAGACAUUUAUAGUGUUUUCAAUAAAAAGGUCUGAAGUAAACGUAAGUCAGAAAUCAA